UAGCCGUAUCAUUCAUUAGUCUACUUAGCUUACUUACUUACUUACUUACUUACUAGGCAUUAUCCACAUUAUGUUUCGUGUUAAUUCCUCUUCUACAGACAGAAUUAGACAAUAAUUAAAGUUUCAUAAUUAUUUUUUAAAUAAAAAUAAUAAAAUCAAAAUAUUAUUAACUGACAAAUGGCCAAGCUGUUAGUAAUUUUAUUCAAUAUCCUCGGUCGCCUUUUGCAAGUAUAUGGGAUAAAUAAAUAUAAUGACUACACUCUCAUACAAAUCACGCCAUAUGACAACAAACAGCUCAAAACUUUAAUGACGCUCACCGACUCAGACGACGUGGACAUAAUGAAACACAGCCACGGUUUGAACGACACUACCGAUGUAUUGGUGUCUCCAAAAGAUCGGAGCAAGGUAGAAAAUUUUGCCAAGUUAAGAGGAAUGGGCGUUAGAUGUGUAAAUCAUUAUGGCAGGUAUUUUGAUAAGGAGGUGGCACUGAUAAGACAACACGACAAGUACCAGUCAUUACAAUAUAAUUCCUACCAAGAUAUAUCAAAUCACUUAAAAUCUCUCGCCAAAGAAAAUCGCCGCUAUGUACAACUACAGAAUCUUGGAAGGAGCUACGAAGGUCGAGUCGUGACCCUGAUCAAGAUCUCCGCUAACCGUAGAGCCCGGAAUCCUAUCAUUUUUAUAGACGCAGGUGCCCAUGCAAGAGAGUGGGCGGCCCCAGCAUUUGCAAUGUACAUAAUCGAUCAGUUAGUGAUGGCGGCAAAGAAACCGACCUACGAAACGGAGUGGCUGCUCGGCUUGGACUGGUACAUACUGCCCGUGGUCAACCCUGACGGCUAUGAGUACUCGAGAUCGGACCCUGACAAUCGUAUGUGGAGAAAAUCAAGAUCGAAAACAUGGAGGGAGGAAUGCCUCGGGGCAGAUAUCAAUCGAAAUUACGACUUCAUGUGGGGCUACCGCGGCGCUUCCUUCGAUCCCUGCAACUUCCAAACAUACGUUGGUGAAAAAGCCUUCUCUGAGCGCGAAACGAGACUAGUUCGCAAAGUAAUGAAUUCUAACUCCAAACGUAUCAAGCUGUAUAUAUCUAUACACUCAUACGGGGAUUACUUUCUUUAUCCUUGGGGUUUUACAAGUAGUUAUUUCCCAGAUGAAUGGGAGAAGUUCCAUCGUCUUGCGCAAUUGUAUUCUAUGGCUGCGGUAAAAGCAGGAGGGCGACCGUUUAGAGUCAUGAGCGCUGGGCAAUUGUACCCAGCUGCCGGAGGAAGCGAUGACUACGCCUUUGCAGUGGAAAAGAUUCCAUAUGCGUACACUUUGGAAAUUACUAACGGCUACCAAUUCAACUUUCCAGAGGGGCUGUUACACACUGUUCUGCCACAGUACUACGAAGGUUUAAAAGUUAUGGCUGAAGAAAUUAAACGGGAAUUUCCCAAUAGUGGCUGAAA